GGUGGAGUAUGAGAAUAAAGUCAAGAAAUACUUAAAUGGACUUCUGAAGGAACAAAAGGAAGAAGAAUGGAGACAGAGACUGUUUUAAGCCUUAGACAUCAACUCAAGGAAGCUGAGAACGAGCGAAGGAAGGCAGCACAAUAUGGCCUGCAUUUAUUGGAGUCCCAAAGUGAGGUUCAAAACCAGUUGGACCAAACACGCCGUGAAUUGACUGAGAAAACUGAGAACUUUGAACAAGAGAAAUACUCUCUUCAGAGAGAAAUCGAACUCAAGAAUCGAAUGUUGGAAAGCUUGAGUUUUGAAUGUGAUUCCCUUAAGCAACAGCAAAACAUGCAACUGGAUAAACAGAAAGAACAGCUUGCCAGAGUCUAUGGACAAGAAAUCAGUGACCUUAAAAAUAAGUUGGAGAACCUGAAAGCAGAACUAGAUGAAACCCGACUCUCAGAGAAACAAUUAAGACACAAAGUGGAUCAUCAGAAGGAAAUAAUUGCUGCCAAAUCAGAAGAACUACAUAUGAUGUCUGAACGUGUACAUGAGACCAUGUCUUCAGAAAUGCUCAAUCUUCAGAUGGAACUCACUGAACUAGAAAGUGUGAAGGCCAAUGUUGAAGAAAAGCUGAAUGAACUUCAGUACAGCAAAGAACAAUUAGAACUCAUAAACAGUAACUUACGUAAUCAGCUGGAACGUCUACAGGGAGAAAAAGAAGAGAGGGAAAAAGAAGUUGUUUCCUACUGUAAUGCGUUAGAGAAAGCUCGUGAAGCUAAUCAAGAGCUUCAGAUUCAGCUGGAUCAUGCAGUGCAGCAAUCUUUGGACCCUACAAGUAAAGGCAAUUCUCUCUUUGCUGAGGUGGAGGACCGUAGGGCAGAAAUGGAACGACAGCUGAUCAGUGUGAAAGUAAAAUAUCAGUCACUGCAAAAACAGCAUGCAUUCACUAGAGAACAGUUGCAAAGAAUGAAGCUGCAAAUGGCUACACUGCUACAGAUGAAAGGCUCUCAGGCAGAAUUUGAGCAGCUGGAACGCUUACAGUCAAUGUUAGAACAGAAGAAUGGUGAGAUAGAAGAUCUUCUUAUGAAAGUGAGGCAACUAGAAAAAUUUAAGACUUUAUAUGAGAAUAUGGAAGAAUCCAGAGCUGCUAGUAACUGCAAAGGAGGAGAGUCUGAAGAUGGAUACUAUGCAGAUUUACUGCAAAUGAAACUUGACAACUCAAACAAGGAAACGGAGACCUUGAAAAAUGAACUGUCCUUGCAGAGGAUGAAAGCUCUGUAUGAGAGCCAGAGGGUUCUGGAAAUUGAAAGGAAACUCUUCACAAAUGAGAGGCAUUUGCAAGCUUGUCAGAGCGAGAAUAUGAACUUGCGAGUUCUGCUGGAUGAGCUAAAAAUGAAAUACGAACCUGAAGAGUUACUUAAAAGCACUAAAAUGAAAAAGAAGAGGGAGAAGAUUCCAGUGGACAGUACUUGUGAGUACUUGGACAGCAAAAAUACUUCCGUAAAAGAAGCUGCUGUGACUCAAUUGCCCACUAAGGAAGAAACAAAGAUGACUUCCAAGAACUUGGAGCUAAGUGAUGCUUCUCUGAAAAAACACACUCUUGAAGCACCACCAAUAAACAGAGCUCUUCAAGCAAUGCAAAAAGUGCUUGAACCUGAAAUAGAAAGAAAGAGAGUUAAAACUAAAGAGGAGAAUCAUGAUGCCUUUACUUCAUGUAGCACAAGUGGAAGUAAUUCCUUGACUUCAGCUGCCCCCAGGUUAACAGCUGAAUCCAGAUUUGAAACUACAGAAGAAGAAGAUAAGAAAGAAAACAAAAUCACAACUGAGAAGAAAACACAAAAGAAAAAAUACACAACGUUGUAUGUGUCUUCUAAGCCAACUUCUGAAACACAAUGUGCUCAGCAAUAA